AUGGCUUUGGUUGCAUUUGGUGCACUGAUAAUGCGCUACAUGGGCAAUGGUCCUGAAUGGCUUGGAGCUACUGUCUUUUAUGAUUUAUACUGCAAACGCAACUGGUGGAUCAACUUGUUGUAUUUGCAGAAUUUUGUUCAUCAAAAUGAAACUUGUUUAACUCACACUUGGUACUCAGCGGUAGACACUCAGCUGUAUUUACUGUCACCAGUAUUUAUAAUUCUUCUUUACAAAAUGCCCAAAACUGCAUUCGCACUGUGUUUUGCAAUAAUUGCAGCCUCAAUAGUUGGAACAUGGACUCUUACAGUGAUGAACAACUAUCCAGCAGUAUCAUAUUUUACGGAUUCAAUAACGACGCAACAACUUGUUGGCUACUACAACUCGAUAUACACAAAACCGUAUUUCAGAGUAGGACCAUACCUUGUAGGCAUUCUGGCAGCUUAUGCAAUGUUAGAAAAUUCAUUCAAAAAUUUUAAUUUAAAAACUUGGUAUUUGGUCACUGGAUGGAUUUUGUCACUAACGACAAUGGCAGCUAUCAUAUUGGCCCUGUACCCAACACAUCAAGGAAACAUUUUGGAAAUUCAUCUGGCUGCAACUUACAGCGCUAUUGCGAGAAUCCUGUGGGCAUGUUGUUUGGCAUGGAUUACCUUUGCAUCACAACAACAAAAAAACAUUAUUAGUGCCUUCCUUUCCUUAAAAAUCUGGGUUCCUGUCAGUAAACUAACAUACUGUGUAUAUUUAGUACAUCCUGUGAUAAUUGCAUUUUUUUAUGGAAGUCAAACGAAACCUUUUGAUUACUCUUUUUUGUUGAUGGAAAUGUUAUAUUGA